AUGUUAGUGGUCAACAAAAUUACUGAUGUUACCCCCAACAAGGUAAUUAAUGUAAAUAUGGAGGUAUUAGGGCUUCCAUCCCUGGCUGAUCCUAGUUUUAAUAUCCCAGGAAAGAUAGACUUACUUUUAGGAGCUGAAGUAUUUUAUGAAUUGUUGAGACCUGGACAAUUCCGUGAUUUGAAUUCAUCAUUGUUGUUGCAGAAUACAGUUUUUGGUUACGUUGCCAGUGGUAGUGUAGAUGAGGUGAAAGAGAACAAAGUUCAUUGUGAAUUGAUUUUAGAUGUUGAUUUGAAUCGUGCUAUGAGAAAAUUCUGGGAAAUUGAAAAUGUAGAUAAUGAGGUCACUAAGAGUCAAGAGGCCUUGUUGUGUGAGAAGCAUUUUGUGAAAACCCAUAGGAGGAAUGAGGAGGGCCGGUAUGUACUUACAAUGCCUUUGAAAGAGGAUCCCUCUUGCUUGGGACAUUCAAAGGACAUUGCGGUAAAAAGACUUAAUUCGUUGUGGAAUCGUCUGUCGAAUGAUUCAGAUUACUUGUCGUUAUAUUUAGAUUUUAUGAGAGAUUCUCCAUGUGACCUAACUCGUCGUAAAGUUGAUGAGACAACUGAACCAUCUUCCUCUUAUUAUAUACCACACCAUGGAAUCUUUCGUCCAGAAAAGUCGACCACUAAACUUCGUGUAGUUUUUAAUGCAUCAUCUCCUACAACCAACGGUAUUAGCUUAAAUGACAUUCUGAUGAAAGGAGAAGUUAUUGAGGACGACAUCACGACCAUUACUGGUUUUCGGCGACACAAAUUUGCCUUUACCGCCGAUAUAUAA